GCUCCGUUGCUCCGUCUGGCAUCUCUGAAUCUGGCCACACUGGCUUGUAGUUGACGUUGAAAUCAGCAGCAGGGCAGUGUUGAUCUGACAUCAAACGAAUUUGUUCUUUCGUAGUAAAAAAAAGACCAUACUCGUCUCAAAUUUCUGUAAAAUAUUAUUUAGACUGCUGCAAGCCUUCGCUCCAAAAAAAUGCCGCGCGGUAAAUUUGUCGGUCACAAAGGCCGGAAUCGCCACUUUACUAAUCCUGAGGAGUUGGAGGAGCAGCGACGUCAGGAGGAAAUAAAAUUCCAUAUGAGAAAAUGUAAAGGUGACGAUGCAAACUCCAGCGACGAAAGUGGCGAAGAACCUAAAAGUCCUUAUCUUAGUGCUUCAGAAACUGAUAGUGAAAGUGAUUCAGAAUCAGAAUCUAAAGCAGAGGGAAAGGCAAAAGGUGUAGAAAACUUAAUUCAAGUUGAAAAUCCAAAUAGAGUACAAAAGAAAACAAAAAAAUUAUCAGAAUUAAAUAAGACUAUAGCCUUGAAAAAACCAGAAUUAUCUCGAAGAGAACGAGAGCAAUUAGAAAAGCAGAGAGCGUAUGCUAAUUAUCAGAAACUACAUGCUGCAGGUAAAACCGAUGAAGCUCGCGCAGAUCUAGCACGAUUAGCCAUAAUUAAACAACAACGAGAAGAGGCGGCGAAAAAACGGGAAGUUGAAAAGAAGCAGAAGGAACUUGCUCAACAGAAGAAAACGGAGCUUACGCAAAAAGCACUCGGCAAAAAAUCCUAUGACGUUUAAAUUCGAGUCAAUUACAAAUAUUUUGUCACUGCUUCUAUUACAUUAACAUUGCAAGCAGUUCAAACUCUACUUUCAUAUUGAUACUAUUUGACUAAAUCAAUU